GCAGCCGGAAGUCCCCGCUGGCGGCGGCCUCCGCUUCCCGCCGCGGCGGGCACGUGAGGGAGCCGCUCCCAAGAUGGCGGACAACCUGCCGGCGGAGUUUGACGUGGUGGUGGUGGGCACCGGUUUGCCUGAGUCUAUUAUUGCAGCAGCAUGUGCCAGAAGUGGCCAGAGAGUUCUUCAUGUUGAUUCACGAAAUUACUAUGGUGGAAACUGGGCCAGUUUUAGCUUUUCAGGAUUAUUGUCCUGGAUUAAAGAAAAUCAGGAAAAGUCAGAUAUCAGUGAUGAAUGUGAAGACUGGAGAAAACUGAUCCUUGAGAAUGAAGAAGUUAUCUCUCUUAACAAGAAGGAUAAAACUAUUGAACAUGUAGAAGCUUUCUGUUUUGGCGAUCAGGAUUCAGCCAAAGAUGUUGAAGAAGCCGGUGCAUUACCAAAGCUGCCUGUAUUUGGAGCCUCUGGUGCUGAGGAGGUUGCUCCGGACCCAAACAAAGAGUGCCCACCACUGGAGAGUGCCAUACCAAGGGCUGAGAGCUGGGAACCGGAAAAGGCUGCACGUGUGGAUCCAGCAAGUGCAGCAGAAGGGGAUGAUACAGAAGUAAACUGUGAGAAUGAAAGUUCUCCUAGUAUGUCUUCAAGCGAGUCCGCUCUGGAUUUGGGAAAAGCUGAAGCUGCACCAUCAGAAGUUUCUGUUCAAGAACCAAAUAAAAUUAUGUAUUCUCAAAUUGUUAGGGAAGGCAGAAGGUUUAAUAUUGAUUUAGUUUCCAAGCUGCUUUACUCCCGAGGUCUGUUAAUUGACCUUCUGAUUAAGUCAAAUGUUAGCAGAUAUGCAGAGUUCAAAAAUGCUACAAGAAUUCUUGCCUUUCGAGAAGGAAAAGUGGAACAGGUACCUUGUUCUAGAGCAGAUGUCUUCAACAGCAGACAGCUCACUAUGGUGGAAAAGCGAAUGCUGAUGAAAUUUUUGACAUUUUGUUUGGACUAUGAACAACACCCUGAUGAAUUUCAAGACUACAAGAACAGUACGUUUGCUCAGUUCUUAAGAACACGAAAGUUAACACCUAGCUUGCAGCAUUUCAUUCUUCAUUCUAUUGCAAUGGUUUCGGAGACUGAUUGUAGCACUCUUGAAGGUCUUCAGGCAACAAGAAAAUUUCUUCAGUGCCUUGGCCGCUAUGGCAAUACACCAUUUUUGUUUCCUCUAUAUGGUCAAGGCGAGAUUCCACAGUGCUUUUGCAGGAUGUGUGCAGUAUUUGGUGGUAUCUAUUGUCUUCGCCAUUCUGUGCAGUGCCUUGUAGUGGACAAAGAAUCUGGACGAUGCAAAGCAAUUAUUGAUCAUUUUGGACAAAGAAUAAGUGCCAACUAUUUUAUUGUGGAAGACAGUUACCUUUCAGAGAGCGUAUGCAGAAAUGUAUGUUACAGGCAGAUCUCCAGAGCAGUGCUCAUUACAGAUCAAUCUGUACUAAAGACAGAUUCAGAGCAGCAGGUUUCCAUUUUGACAGUGCCUCCAGCGGAUCUAGGACAACCAGCAGUCUGCGUCAUUGAGUUGUGUUCCUCAACUAUGACAUGCAUGAAGGACACUUAUUUAGUCCAUUUAACGUGUCCAUCAACUAAAACUGCUAGGGAAGAUUUAGAGCCUGUUGUACAGAAGUUAUUCCAUUUAAAUAAUGAAACAGGAAAAGAGACUGAAAAUGAAGAAUUGGAAAAACCCAGAGUCCUCUGGGCAGUAUACUUCAACAUGAGAGAUUCUUCAGGAAUCGACAGAAAUUCAUACAGCAGCUUACCCUCAAAUGUGUAUGUCUGUUCUGGCCCAGACUCUGCUUUAGGAAAUGACUGUGCUGUCAAACAGGCUGAAACUAUUUUCCAAGAAAUGUUUCCUACAGAGGAAUUUUGCCCACCACCGCCAAAUCCAGAAGAUAUUAUUUAUGAUGAAGAUGAGAUUGCAUCAGAAGAGUCUGGACUCAGUAAUUCACCAGAGACAAAACCUGAACCCUCAGCUGAGGAAAGCAGUAGCAGAGGUAGUACUGCUGUUAACGAAUGUAGUGAAGAAUGAAUUAGCUCUCUUCUCCUUGUAGACAAGGCAGUUGAAAGAAACUAAAGUUUUAGAGAGCAAGGAUAAGAAAAAGAAGUUUAAUAAGCCCAUAGUUGUACUAUUUGUGAUUGCCUUAUUUUCCUUAGCUUGAAUAAUAUUUCUUAUUCAAAUAGUUUCAUUCAUAGCUAAGAUAUUUCUAAAUAAAGUCAUAGGUCCACCAGAUCCAGGGUAUUUAUAGCUUAAAAAUAAAUAAUAUUGAACAAAACAUUUGAAUUUAAAACGUUAAAAUUGACUCAUUUAUGAGAGAGUUUGGUUUUGGUUUACAUCUUGGAAAGACAUCUUUUAAACAGGCAAGUCAAAAUUAAUGUAAGUAACAUGCAAUUUUGAUUACCAGUCAGAAGACCAUCAUCUGUUACAAAGUGUGACAUUUCUACUGAAAGUCAUUGUGUCUAUGCUAAUUAAACAGUUGUAUGUAAACUUCAUCUGUCCUUCAGAGUGCUUUUUAGGAAUGUAACCUAAAGGCAAUAGUAUUAACAGCUCUGGGAUGGCUUUAGAAUACAAAAGAACAUCAUUUAAUUUGUAUCGUGAAAAAAAUCUUGUAUGGUUUUGAAGCCAUAAUUUAAAAGGAAGUAUAAUCCAAUGGGCGUUCUUCACAGAAAACUGUUUUACAUGCAGUUUAAACUUAAUGCUAGACUUCCUAACAAAACCAAAAAUCAUAUACUGAACAUAACUGUUGUCACAUUUUGUUGGAUUUUUUGCAACACUGGACCUCUAAUAAGCCAAUAAUUAUUUUUUGCAAGUAUGGUGUCCGAGAAGUUUAGAUGAUGAUUGAGGUUUUCCAUGCUGAGGAGGUGCGACUUAGAAUUCCAAAGGUUUAUAUUGAUCCCUGUUAAUAGGAUUAAAACUAGUGUGAUAGCUGUACAUGAUGCGUUUUGUAAUGGUAAUCAUAAAACAUUUAUACAGUAAAAUUUAUUGAACUAUUUAUAAGUUUAGUAUGUAUGAAGAAUUACAAAACGAGAACACUGUUGUGAAUGAUAGGAUCAACUUGCAUUUCUUCUGAAUAAUACUUCAAAUUAAAUGAUGAAAAGUAUUUAGCAUUUACAUUAGGAUUUACCUUAAAUGUACACCCAACAGAUCAACAGUGUGUCUAAAUAUAGAGAUCAGUGAAUUUUGAUGAGACAGUUUAAACUUGUACGUGAACUUAGUUACAAUUCUAGCAGUACUUAAAUACUGUAUGUAAAUAAAAAUGCCACAAAAUUAUGAAUAUUCAGCACUGUCUGGACUUGACACAACCAAACUUCUGUACAGUUUUGCAGUGCAUGUUACUGCCUUAAAAUGGCUUUGUGCCAUAAAGGUUAAUUAAUUUAUUUUUUUACAGCAUGACCGAUACGGUUAACUUCAUUUUGUCUUGCAUCAUAAUACAUUGUCCAAUUUGCAAUUCAAAAACGAAUUUAUUGGUGCUUACAUUCUUUGUCUGUUGGAUAGGCACCAUUGUGUGUAUAAUCCCAAAGUCCUCAGAAAAAUGUCGUUGAAAUGUUUCUAAUAUUAAACAACAGUUACCUGUGGAUGCUUGUGGUUGAGCAGUUACAUAUAUUUAUAGUAUUAAGCAGACUUUGUUUAGCUGUAAUUUUGUGCCUGUUGGAAAGCAUGAGUAUCUGGUAAUUGUACUUAACCAUCUGCAAAUCUGUAAAAGAACUAAGCGGAGGACAUAGUACCUGUUCGUCUUUCAGUAAUGGGGAUCAUAGUUGAAUUUUUCAUCUUCUAUGUUUACAAGGAAAUCGUCAAUGAAAAUUAAAGGUUUGCUUGCAAGUA